ACGAGACUGAUCUGCCUCUUCUCGCCCGGCUCUCACAAUAUCACGCGUGUUCUUUGUAAACCUGCUCGUUUCAGAGCUUUGCGUUUCACCUCGGCUACCGCUUCUUCUUCGGCUGCGACUUUUCUCUGGCUUCAGUGUUUCGUUUUCUCUGUGUUUCUUGUAGUUAUUGCUUGUGAUGCAACAUUUCAUUGAUUGUGAGUGAUUUAUAAGUAUGACAGCUUAUUAAAAUCCACGCAACAGGUGUACUUGUCAUAAUUGCAAUCAUGGGAUUAAUACUGACAAAUAUGUUGUUGGUACUUGUUAUGUGUUUUAUUACUUCAGUGUUGACAGUGAAUGAAAACUUUCUAAAGAUGUUCGAGAAUCAGCAGACUCCCGUGGAUCCGUGCUAUAAUGAGGAUCGUCCUCGUCGCUGUAUGCCGGAUUUUGAAAACGCAGCCUUUGGAGUGCCUGUUAAGGCCUCGUCUACCUGUGGGUUGCAUUCGCAAAUGCAAUAUUGCGAAGCACCAGAACCUGGUGCGACUCCACAAUGUCAUAUAUGUGAUGAUAGACAACCAAAAUAUCGAUUUCCCGCAAACCACCUAACUGAUUUAAAUAACCCUAAUAAUGUGACUUGUUGGAGAUCUGAACCUUUACCACCCGUUACAUCAAUGAAUGCUCCACCGGAUAAUGUUACUUUGGUUCUUACUUUGGGAAAAAAAUAUGAAUUAACCUAUGUCAGUCUACAAUUUUGCCCCUAUACUCCAAAACCUGAUUCCAUAGCCAUAUUUAAAAGUAUGGAUUACGGAAAGACUUGGCAGCCAUUCCAGUUCUACUCGAGCCAAUGCAGAAGAGUUUACGGUAGACCUAAUAGAGCUACGAUUACCAAAACUAAUGAGCAAGAAGCUCGAUGUACCGAUGCUCAUAGGUAUACAGGUGGAGAAAACUUGGGUUUUGGGCAAUCUUCCAGAAUCGCUUUUAGUACUUUGGAAGGAAGGCCAAGUGCCUUAGACUUUGAUACGUCAGCGGUUUUACAAGACUGGGUAACUGCCACAGACAUAAAAGUAGUUUUUAAUCGGCUACAUAUGCCAAUAGAAGACGUUUCCGAUAAUUUAGACUCGAUUCUCGUAGACGAGCAUUUUCACAGCAAACAUUUGGACGAAGAUAAUCAAACUCGAGAACCUUCCGUACAACUCGUAAACGAAAUGGCUGUGGAGAAUGACGAAAAAGGCAAUCCGAAGGUAUCGGUCGUAAAUUCUGAGAUGAGCACCAACGGCAUCAUGAAUGCCUAUCACCAAGUGACGCAUCAAUAUGCAGUUGCGGACUUCGCUGUAGGUGGGCGAUGCAAGUGCAAUGGACAUGCCAGCCAUUGCGUCGCUGAUCGCGACGGCAAACUAACUUGCGAAUGUAAGCACAACACGGCGGGAAGAGACUGCGAAAGAUGCAAACCGUUCCAUUUCGACAGACCCUGGGGCAGAGCUACUGCCAAGGAUGCCAACGAGUGCAAAGCUUGCGAGUGCAACCAGCAUGCUCGCAAAUGCAGAUUUAACAUGGAGUUGUACAAACUGUCAGGACGGGUGUCUGGAGGCGUGUGUCUAAAGUGCCGCCACUAUACUGCUGGACGACAUUGUCACUAUUGCCGGGAAGGCUACUACCGAGAUCCCACCAAGCAAAUUACACACCGCAAAGCUUGCAAACCUUGCGACUGUCAUCCGAUAGGGGCCUCUGGGAAAACCUGCAAUCAGGCUACGGGACAAUGUCCCUGCAAGGACGGUGUCAUAGGCAUUACCUGUAAUCGAUGCGCCAAAGGAUACCAGCAAAGCCGAUCCCAUAUAGCACCAUGUAUUAAAAUCCCGGUAGUCCAAAUGAUGGCUACAGAAGAAGAUUCCGACGAUUACACUGGAGAAGAUCCUGACUCAUCUGCGGCGGGAGAUCAAUGUGGAAAAUGCAAGGCCGCCACAAAAAGAUUAAACCUAAACAAAUAUUGCAAAAGGGAUUACGCAAUAAUGGCAAGGGUGAUGUCAAGAAUCGAUGGCGAGGAAGACGAGCAUACGAAGGGGUGGGUCCGGUUCAUGAUCAACGUAGACGUCAUUUACAAAAAAGCAAGCAUUUCCAGAUUACGAAAAGGACCCAUGCACAUGAUGGUUCCAGUAUCUGAUUUAGCUUGUAAAUGUCCAAAGAUUAAGGCUGGCAAGUCCUAUCUAUUUCUUGGCAGGGAAAAAGAUGAUUCGCCUGGAGGAAUGGCAUCAAGCAGCUUGGGAGUGACUCAAAGAUCCAUCGUUAUCGAAUGGAAGGACGAAUGGGAUCAAAGAAUGCGUAGAUUCCGUCGCAGGGCCCGCAAAUGCAAAUGAAUCGAAUAAAAUGAUAAUUAAUAAAAUUAAACAUCAAUAUAAUAUUUGCUUUUAAAUUUAUUUAUAAAUAGUAAACUGUACAAUAUAUUGAGAUACAAGUAAUUC